AUGGCCAGUCUCGUGUGUUUUGAUACCAGCAUGCGCUCGCCUCUUCUUCUCCCUCUGUCCACACUACCAAAACGCACAUGCAUCCAGGCUUUUGAGAAUCAUGAGCGAUCCACUCAGUGUAGCCGGGACCGUGGCUGGGCUGGUCUCGCUGGCGAUUCAGCUAUCCCAAGUCAGUUAUCAGAACUGUCAGCUUUGACAUCCAUCCUCCUCCGACUGCAGACAGCCGGCGAGGCGCAAGAACAAGAUCUGGUUCAUGAAAUCAUAGGACCAAACGGACUCAAGGAUGCGGUGAGCGACUGCAUCAGGGACUUGCGGCAGCUCAAGGCCAAGCUAGAAGGGAAGUUAGCAAAGGAAGGAGUGAUAGGCAAGCUGAAUAUGUUGGCAUGGCCCUUUUCCGAGACGGACACGCAAAAGAAGGUGGACAUGCUUCAUCGCUACCAUGGCAUUUUUUCCUCAGCAUUGAUGGCAGAUAAUUUCACGGUCUCUAUUGCGAGUUAUCGCGAGCUCCGUGGACAGCGGCAAGAGAACGAGUUCAAGCAGGUUCUUGACUGGUUUCGGCCCCUUUCUAGACCACAGCAGGCUGGAAGUAUCAGCGAGCAACAGUGCCCCGGCACUGGCUCAACCUUUUUGGAACGAAAGGAGUAUCUCAAUUGGCGAGACGGACUAGAGACGUGCCUCUGGGUAACUGGGCAACCCGGUGCUGGAAAAACAAUGCUAUCGACGAUUAUCCUGGAUGACAUACAUGCAUCUACUCCGAAAGAUGCUAUCGUAUCCUAUCACUUCUUCCGGGCGGAUAACGACGAAGACUCUCUGCAGGACUUCCUCCGCCAUCUCGUAUUCCAAGGCCUAAACCAAUGCAGGGACAUGAUACCCGAGGCCGCUGAAAUGCAUAGAAUCCAUGCCGCAUCUAGUGCCGAUCCUUUACCAAAGGAUCUGGUCCACCUUCUGACAGCGAUUUACAAGCGUUUCUCGGUUGUAUACAUGGUGCUAGAUGGCUUGGAUGAGUGCCACUACCUGCCGAAACUAGCCCGACAACUAUCCACGCUACGAGCCGCCGGGAUCAAAAUUCUUCUCACAAGCCGUAGCAUUCCAGAUGUGAGAAAGCAUCUAGAAGGAUGGCACCAAAUGGAUGUGAGGCCUGACCGGUGUGAUAUUUCUCUGUACGUCGACUGGAGACUUCAGGAAGACGCCGAGGUCGAGUAUGACGGUCUGGAAGACAAAUUGAAGGAAGACAUAGUUCUGAGGUUGUUUGAACAUGCAGAUGGCUCGUUCCUCCUUGUUCGUCUUUUGAUGGACAAUAUCUCCAGUUUCACAACCAUCAAGAAGAUUCGAAGGUUCCUUGAGGCUCUACCAUCGGAUCACCAAGAAGCAUACCAGCGCACUUUCGACCGUAUCAUGAAGCAGAACGCUGGCCGACGCGAGCUUGCAUUGAAGGCCCUAAACUGGGUUUCCAACACCAAGAGAGCUCUCACCAUGGCGGAGCUUCAGUAUGCUAUGGCAGUAGAGAACAGCGACGAUGUUGUUAGUGAGGAGGAUCUUGAAAGCCCAAAAUCCAUCCUGUCUUCGUGUCUUGGAAUUAUACGAUUAUCCAAAACCGAUCAGAACGUUGAAUUCAUCCAUUCAUCUGCACGCUCUUUCAUCCUUGAGAACAGAGCCAAGGUGGACCCAGAUGCGGACAAGACAAUUCUAGAAUCGUGCUUGGCUUACCUAUCGAAUUCGGAGGUUGCAAGUGGUCCUUCCACAUCAUUCGAUCGGUUUGCACGUCGUCUUCGCUCCAACCCGUUCCUAGAGUACGCCGCUCGUUUUUUCGGCUACCACGCUAGAUCAGUCGAAGAGCGUUGCCUGCCGGAACUGAGACGGUUUCUAGAGAACAAAGGCUUGCGCGAGGGCACUUGGCAAGUCCUUCACUUCGGCUACGGCCUCGACCAUACCCUGGCUCAGGACGUCUUUGAUGGCCUGCCAAGUCGUGCAUCGGUCCUUCAUGUCGCCUCUUACUGGGGCUUCCCACGCCUUCUUGCGUCUGUAUUGGAAGGGAGCAAACGUUCCUCAAGUGGGCUCACCCGCAUUAUCAAUGCCGAAGAUUCGCACGGUUGGACGCCUUUGCAUUGGGCUUCCAGCAUGGGACAGGUAGACUCUGCGAAAAUCUUGCUGAGCUCCGGGGCGGCUGUCGAUCCCUUGGACUCUGCCGGGUGGACACCCCUAUUCUGGGCCGCAAUCAAAGACCAUCACGAUGUGGCAAGUCUGCUUGUUUCUCAUGGAGCAAACGUGCAUCAGUUGGACCCCAACGAGAUGACCCCUCUGCAUUGGUCUGUGGCUGCCGGACAAGCCGCCACAACUCGACUCCUGCUCAACUUCGUGGAGAAAGCUCUUGCUCCGGAGUCCAUGAGACUGGAAAGACUCCGGGAUGUGGAAGGCGGAGACAGCUUAUCCAUCUCUCAGGCGAAACGCAUGGUCGCGCCAUUCCGCACGUCCAAAAGCCUCGUUCAGCUGUCCGCAGAGAGUCUAGAUGCCGAAUGCUUCUCCGACCUUUUGCAGAGAGCUGAGCACCGAGCAGAGUCCGUGGGGUCACGCCACCGGGACCUGCCGGGCCUCGACUACGGUAUCGACGCUCUUUUUCGAAAUCUAUGGAGAGGGAGGAGCAAGGUUGAUCUGAAGUUCUGGCUUGGAAAGCGAUACAAAGACCCACUGAGAGCCUCCAGGGUCAAGCUUCUCGAAUGCGCCAUCCAGGGCCAACAUGUCUCUCUCGUGAAAGCACUGCUUGAUCUCGACAAGGAGUUGGCGCAGGAUCUGAACAGGGCAACUCUAGGCUUCAAUGGCGGCUAUCUCCUCCACGAAGCCUGCGCAAUUCGCAACCCGGAGAUCGCAGCUGCGCUUAUCGCCAAGGGGGCGGACGUGAACAAGCCUGGUAGUGACGGCUGGACACCGCUGCACCGCGCCUGUCGACAAGGCUCUUUUGGUGUCGUCGAGGCCUUGCUCUGCUCUGGCAGUGUCGAUAUAGAGGCCAAAGACGGUCAGGGGCUAUCAAGCCUCAUGACGCUUCUCCGAUUCGGAGGCUGGAGAGGCCAGGACCACGUCGGUGAAAACCUGGCAAUCCUGCAAGACUUGAUUGCACACGGCGCUUCUCUAUUUGAAGUGGACGAGAAAGCCAAUACCACGGCCAACAUCGCGAUAGGGCUGUGGGAUCCAGAGGUCCUUCAACUGCUCGUGGAUUCGGGAGUCACUUUGGGCAAGACUCAGCCAGGAGGCAUGACGCCUCUUCACUUCGCAGCCUGCGCCCCGAUCGAUCAUUUCCUGAAAUGGGUCAAGGAUGGGCGCCUAGAAACAACGAGAUACGUGAUACCGGCCCCGGCAAUCGAAAAGACUCUUGACCUGGUCUUCAGUCUAUCUGAAGCCACCGACAUGACCCUCACCUGCCGCAUCUCGUCUGGAACAAACAAGUGGAUUGAUGAUAGUUCCAGUUCCAGCUCUCACGAAGACCGCAGCUCUGAUGACUAUGAAGACACGGCCUUGGCUUUAGCAAUAGCUUCAGAAAACUGGGCAGUGGCUCGUCGACUACAUGGCCUGGGAGCGGCUUUCAAGACCAACAGACCACUUGAGCCUUUGCUCAUCGAGGCCAUCCGGGCUGGGAUGCCUGAGCUCGUACGUCUGCUGAUCAAUAACGGGGCUGUCGCUGACCCGCCUCCGCCAACACCUGUGGAAGACAGUUCGACACUGCACGAAGCUCCCGAGGUACCGAUAUGUGUUGCCGUCCGCGCAGCCGAGGGCCACAGACCGAUCAGACACGGCCGAGAUACCUGGUUCUAUUCUGCACCCCCAAACCACUUAGCUACCAGUGAUUACCAUUCCGUGGUCCAAGAAUUGAUCAGUGCUGGCGUCGAUAUCAACCGCGUCGACAGGAACGGCGUGAGUGCACUGGAGGACGCGAUCACGCGCGGGGCCGCCCCCGGCAUUCUCCAGACCCUUCUCGAGGCGGGAGCAGAUCCGUACCAGCCGGCAAGGAACGGCUUGGAUUACUUCCAGGUCGCUCUGCUGCACAGAUCGCCAGACAUUCUGUCCUGCCUCUGGGAAUACAGCCGGACGCACCCAGCUCCACCGGACCACUGGCUACACCACGCAGACCAUACCCCAACAGCCAACCAGGACGAAGCAGACACCCUCACCCACAGGUUUGUCGUCGCUCUGAGCGAGGGGUGCGCCGUCGACGCCAGAGACACCAAUGGGCACACAUUGCUCUUCAACGCAGCAUGGGUCGGCGAGUGUGCCCUCGCGCGAGAACUCGUAGCCCGCGGCGCCGAUGUCAACGACGCAGAUCCCUGGGGGUGGACGCCUCUGCACGCGGCCGUGAAGCAAAGCGACGCCGAAAUCACCAAAUUCCUCUUGGAGGCCGGUGCCGACAUCAACGGGAGGGUCACCAGCGAGACACCCUGGCCCACCUGGCUGGCGUUCCAACCGCCCCAGCAGAACACGGGGCCCUCAUUCAAGGCGAUACAUCUGGCUUUGCUUCGCAACUAUGAUCAGAAGGUGUUCCCAGCGGUGGUCCGGAUCCUACUCGAGCAUGGUGCAGACCCAUCCGAGACGGCUACUCGCAUCUAUUACCCGGACAGGGCCGUGGCUAAAACGCCAAUAGAAAUCCUGUUCGAGCACUACAAGCCCUUCAGGCCACUGAAAAAGCAUCAAUCACAGAUCGAGGACUUAAUUGAAAUCGCAGAGAUGCUUGUCGAUGGGGGCUGUGAGGUCGGAGACGUCGCGCUCGGCCUCUCCGUGGAGCAUGUAACCCGGUUCGAGGGGCAUGAAGAGCUGUGGGAGAAGCUGCUGGCGGGUAUGCAGGCUGCAAAGGCCAAAGCAAGGGCAGAGAAAGCAGAUGGUACCGAUGAGUAG